UCAGGGUCGCAGUGAAUUUUAUUCUCCAUUUUUUGGACAUGAGCUGAGAUCUAAGCAGGAUCGGUUCCUGAUUCGUUCUUCACCAGGGGUAGUAGGGUUUCGUUGAAAUUGCACGAGCGCAAUGGAAGAAGAAAUUCAAAAUCAACCCCAAUCCGAAGUCCAACAUCACGAGUUAGGGCUCGAGCUUCAAUCUCUGACAAAUCAAUCGCUUCCGCCUAAUGCCUAUCCCCAAACCCCUGUUGAAAGCAGGCCACUGCUGUCUGAAGAUAAUGAAGGUGAGGUUGAUGAAGAAGAUGAGAAAGCUAUGCAAAUCAUCUGCAAUGAGCUUCAGGACUUGGUGCUGAGUCAGGCGUAUCACGAUCGUGAGACAAACCCGAGCUUAGAAGAAUCAGGCAAACCUUGCGAUGGAUAUGACGGUUAUGGGUAUGGAUAUGGUGAUCAUAAUGGGUACAAUAUAUAUGGUGAUGAUGAUAUGACCGGAGAUGGGGUUGGGAUUCCAAAUGGGGUUGACGAAGUGUCUAUUGAAGGGGACAAAGCUGGUAGUGGGUGGUUUAAUUCUAGUGUUGGUCAUGGUAAGAAAUUUGUUUUCAACUAUCCUUUGAGACCCGAUGCAGAGGAUUGUGCCUUCUAUAUGAAAACUGGCACCUGCAAAUUUGGAUUCCAAUGCAAGUUCAAUCACCCCAGACGAAAAUCACAGUGGCCUAAAGACAAGGGGAUGCUAAAAGAAAAUAACCCAGAAAGAACAGUGCAGACAGAAUGCAAGCAGUAUUACCUUAGUACGGGUGGCUGCAAAUAUGGGAAAAACUGCAAAUACAAUCAUAGCAGGGAAAAGUUUCAAGUGUCACUGGUUCAGGAGUUUAAUUUCCUUGGCCUGCCAAUGCGAACGGGAGAAAAGGAAUGUCCAUACUAUAUGCGUACUGGCUCAUGCAAGUAUGGAUCAAACUGCAGAUUUCAUCAUCCUGAGCCCACCAUUGUGGCAGGAGAUGACUCUUCUUCUUCUGGAUAUAACAAAGGAAGGUCUGUUUCAAUGCAAGGUACCACUCAGUCGAACGUGAGUUCUUGGUCUCAUUCGUCCAGAGCAAUGCAUGAGACAACAUCAUAUGUUCCUCCUAUGAUAUAUCCCCCAACUCCAGGCAUUCCUUCUCCCUCUCCAGAAUGGAAUAGUUAUCAGGCACCCAUCUACCAAGCAUCUGAGAAGAGCCUUCCUACACCUCCUGCAUUUGCCAUGAGCAACUCUGUGUUAGAAAAGUUCAACCCAACUCAUGUUCCACAAUUUUCAAAAUCACCUUUGCUUGGUGAAGAUUAUCCAGAAAGACCUGGUCAACCUGAAUGCAGUUACUUCAUAAAAACUGGUGACUGUAAAUAUAAAUCUAAUUGCAAGUUUCAUCAUCCGAAGAAUCAAUUGCCCAGGAUGCAAGCACUUUUUAAUGACAAGGGCCUGCCUCUAAGACCUGAACAAGCAAUUUGCUCAUUUUAUAGUCGAUAUGGAAUUUGCAAGUUUGGACCGGGUUGUAGAUUCGACCAUACCGAUCAUUACAGCCACCCGUCUUCUGCAUGGUCAGAUUUUGAUCAGCCUCAAUUUGGUAGGUCUGAGGCUGUGGAUGGGGAUAGGGUGGGAGUGAGGAAAGGAAAUGGAAGCGGAUCUUUAGUAAAACAGUCUGUGUAAGUUUCAGUAGUUUCCGCCCACAUGCUGUGUGUGUGAUGAUCUACUUUGACUUACAGGAGUGUUUUUACUUGAAACACCAAGUGCCGGGGUAUCCUCGUGAAAUUUCAGCACACACCAUCUUCAAGAUGCCUAAGCCAGGAAUAUGAUUUUGUAAAUUACACAGCACUGUUGUGUUGCGGUGGUAGAUAUUUCACGUCAUUCGUAGGAAGUUGCUACUCACAAUGGCUUUUAAUUAAUUUAUUUAUUUAUGUGCUUACAAAUAUUUUCAAGUAUCCUUGAAUUUUGGUAUUGCUGCUUAGCAUUCCGUCAUUCAUGUCCCAGUCCUACUCUCCUGAACCAUACGAAUUAUCAGGUUGUCUUUGAUAGAUCCUUUCUAAACCAACGACACUGGUGGGAGGUCUCCUGAUUUAGUCUUAUCUUUUGUAAUAAAAUAUGAGGCAACACCAAAAAUCUAUUUAGC